AGGGUUAUCAUCUGUGAUGUUUAGGUUUACACCCAAUUUUUUUUUAUUUUGACUUUACGUGACGUCAUUAGAACUUUCGGGAUUUUCGGAUCAGGUCGGAUAGCAAAUAAAAGUGCAUAAUUGGCAUAAUUUAUUAAUUUUUUACCACGACCAGAAACCAUUAAUAUUGUUCACAUCGCAAUUGGACCGAAAAAAAAAAUACAGAAUGUUAGACGAGGAAUCGUUCACUAUCCUGGGAUCGUCGCCGACGCCUUCCAUGGAACAGUAUUUGGCUGGCGAUGGCACCAACGAAAAGUCACUGGAUGGCCAAAUAAUGGUCACCUCCAUCAAAGGUCAGCCCAUUUCAAACACCUUCAGUCUGAUUCACGCGGAUGAGUCACUGCAGCCGGCAAAAGUGGCAACUUCCUCGCUCGGACGUGUAGACGCCAAACAGCCGGUAUCGAUUAAAUCGUCGCAGGGAGAAUCGACACCGGUUGCUAGUUUAAACGGAACGAACCCCCUGGCGGUGAGUGUUAUUAUGGGUGAGACCAAAUCCAGCCUGUUCCAUACCUUCCCUAGCCUGAUGAAUUCGUCAAUGCCAAUCGAUGAGAUUCAAGUGCUUCAGCACAUGAUGGACGAACAUGGUCAAAUGAAGGAGAGCCUCCAGAAGGCUAACGUAGCCAUGAGAAAGAACUUCACCAACAUACAAAAAUGGCAGGACGAAGUCAAGGCAAAAUAUGCCGAUCAGGUUCGAACGAUCGAUGAACAGUGUGCCACAAUUGGUAGAUUGGAAACGGAAAAUGAAAUGCUGAAGCAAGUUGUGGCCGCAGCUGAAAGUCGUGCAGCCGAGCAGGAUAAGCAAGCCACUAAACAGUACAUGGCUCUUAAACAAGCGAUGGACGAAGCGCAGAAGCAGAUUCAAGCUGAACGGGCAUCCGCCCUUGCCGAGAUAGAUGAACUGCAAAAAGUUGUGUCGGAAAAGGAGGCUAUCUUGAAGAAUAUGAGUCGGGAAAUCGAACGCCUUGAAUUGGAAAAGCAGGAAUUCGUUGUCGUUAAGCCGAACAAACCGGAACCGAUAGACGGGGUGCAGUUCAUGGCCACAGAGGAGCACAACAGACAGAUGAAGGUACUACAGCGUGAGAUGUCCGUUGUUGUGGCCAAGAAUAUGGAAUUUGAAGACAUGAAAAAAGUUUACAUUGAUGAACUGAACUGCAUGCGCGUUAAUCUGACUGCUGCGGAGGAAGUGCACAAAAAAAAUCACGUACAAAUGGAACGCCAGGCAAGGGAAAUGGAAACAAAAGACGUCACUCUAGCUGAGAACCUUCGCGAACUGAAGACCCUCGCUGAACAGGCUGAUGUCCUUACGGCGCAGCUCGACAUCUACAAAACCGACUUCGAAGCCGAACGAACAGCUCGAGCAGAAUUGGCCAGCGAGAAGGAUCGCAUUCUGAGCGAUCUGAAGCUGCUUCAAAAGCGUAACCAACAGUUGAUCGAAGAAGUUCAAAAAGGACGAGCCGCUGAGGAGAAAGCAACGCGUGCUGCCAACGAAUCGUUGGAUAAACGUGAACCGUCACCACCGAGGGCUGGUACGAGUGUGGACGAAGCAGCAGGAGUAACUUCACAGGAGGAGCAAACCUUCAAUAGACCGGCCUUGUAUUGUCCCUUGUGUAGUAAAGCCUACAAAGAUUUGUGUACCCUGCAAAACCAUGUUGAGGAUUGUGUAGGCGUCGUCUAAUUUAUUAAUGGGUACCAAAGCGUCAAGUAGAGAAUUUUAGUGUCAUACAAUCCGUCGAUAUUGGUGGAGAUUCGUUGUUAGCGACCUGGAACUGGAUAGGACUGUUGUGGAUGUGUCUGUAUGACUGACAUAAGUUAUAAAAGGAAACUCAUUUGAUUUUUAAAUUCUAAAUUCAUAUAACUGUAUUACUUUAGAAUAGGAUAUCCAGCAACUGAUAUAUCCAAUAAUCGAAACAAUUAUUUCUUAUUGUUAACCAAAAAUUGAAAUAAAAAAAUGUUUAGCUGUGAA